AUGUCUUGGGCGCUUCUUCUCGCUUGCCAGGUCGCCUCGCUGUUGCCGGCGGCAUUGGCUUCGCCAGACCUUGUCUCUGUUAGACCUUCCGCAGACCUGCAGAGAGGCUCUUUGGCCAGUCUGCACUUCGGCUGGCUCUCAUCAGAGGCUUUCACACACUCAGCUGAAAGGCACGACGACGCUCACUACUCUGUCACUCAUGGCUUGUGCGACGAAAGCUUCCAACAAGCGCUUGCGAAGUUCUCAGGCAAGCCAGAGCGAUUGGCUUGGGUCGUUCCGGAAGACAUCGUCGAGCAAGGCUGCCUCUUCGUUCAGCAUCGGGGCUCCGAGGGAGAGGAACCACACAUCGUGGGUCGCAGCAGCGCCUUCAAUGUUGCGCAGCCGCGUAAAUUCAAGCGUGCUGCCGAUUUCCAAGAGGAGAAUCCGUUGCUGAAAGAUUUCGAGUCCCUAGGAGCUUGGUUCGAUGGUGUCGCCGCUAUCAGGGCCAAGACUAACAGCGACGGUGCGGUCGUUUCCCGCAGCAAAAAUACCUCCAUAGGUAUCGUCGGAGCUGGGGUCGCAGGCUUGGCUACAGGCCUCAUGCUAGAUAGCGUGGGUCUGCGCAAUUGGCACAUUAUUGAAGCCAGCGACAAAGUCGGUGGUCGUUUCAGAUCGCGAUACGUCGGACCGACGAAGGAGAUUGCUGAAAUGGGACCUAUGCGAUUGCCCUACACUGUCAAAUACGACGAUGGCGAGGUUCUACCGUACACAGAUCACCAGUUGACCUUCCAACUGUUCGACUGGCUGAAUGAUUUGAACAAAAAUGCCAGUGAUUACAAGAUUGAUCUCAUCGACUGGAUCCAACAUUCGCCAAACGAGCUGCUUGCACGUGGCACCGGCAGACUGGCGAAUGGACGCAUUCCCACGCGAGCCGACAUUGCCGCCAACGCUUCAUUAGCCCAGCCUAAGCCCUUGGAUACCAAGGCGUACAACGACACCAAGUCGCGCAUGAACGACAUUCUUUUGGACAAGGCGCGACUCAAGUCGAUCCAGCGAGAUGUGUGGAGAGCGCACAAGCUGGCAAUGGAUCAGGGUUUCGACGACUGGAGCGAACAGGCUUUCAUGAGGCACGUGUUCAAAGCCAGCGAGAACGUUACUGAUGCGAUCUGGACUUCGAGCGACUACGACGUUUUCUGGGAUGAGAUGCACCACAACUCCAAUCUAGGCCUUAGCGGUGGUCCUGGAGCACUUGGAGAAACUCAGUGGAAAGCCGUUGCGCAAGGAUUUAGUCGUAUUGGAGAAGCCUUCAUCCCUCACGUUCAGGACAGACUGACGCUCAACAGACAGGUGCGCAAACUUGAGAACAUUGGCAAUCGCACACGCAUCUCGUGGUAUCCCAGCGAGGCGAAUCGCACAUUCGAGUCGGCCGAAUUUGAUUACACGAUUAUGGCUGCACCUUUCACGAUGACAAGAUUCAUGGAUCUACCACCCUUCUCCUCCGUCCUAUCUCGUGCCAUCUCUGAGGCAGGCCUGCGCUUCAAGUCGGCUUGCAAGGUUGGUCUGCUGUUCAGGGAGCGCUUUUGGGAAAAGGGCGACAGACCCAUCUUUGGUGGCUACUCUCAGCCUUCAAGCAAUGCCGUCGGAGCCCUCUACUACCCGAUCUUCAAUCUCAACCAGACGCGUCCGGGUCUGAUUUUGCACUACCGCGGGGGAGACUGGAGCGAUCGCAUGGUCGCGCUCACGGACGAGGAGCAUGUUGGUCUGGUCUUGGAUUCCAUCGUGGAGCUACAUGGUCAACAAGCACGCGAGUUGUACACUGGGGAUUACGAGAGGCUUUGCUGGCUGUCCGACAGGUUCACAGCUACGUCAUGGACUCGACCGGACAUUGAGCAGCACAAGCUGUACAUCCCAUCCUACCACGUCACGGAGCACAACACGAUCUUCAUUGGCGAGCACACUGCCCCGACGCAUGCGUGGAUAAGCUCAUCUCUACAUUCUAGUGUCAGAGGUACAAUUCAGCUCUUGUUGGAAUUAGGGCUCGUCGAUGAGGCCAAACAGCUCAACAAGCAGUGGAUGGGCCGAUGGAUACGCCUCUAG